UAUAGUACAACCCAACGUAGGACUUUUAUCGUACGCAUUCAGGCAUCAAUUCAUCAUACCUGAAUUCGAAACUUUCAGUAAAGAUAUAGAAGAAAUUUACUGGAAAUGUAAGGAAAACACUAAUGGGACGGUUGCUUCGUAUAUCCCUCAACUGAAAAGAGUGAAUCCAAAUUAUUGGGGUGUCAGUAUUGUAACCAUAGAUGGGCAGAGGUACUCAAUCGGAGACGUUAACAUUCCCUUUACCAUUCAGUCUUGCAGCAAACCACUUUCCUAUGGAAUAGCUUUAGAUACUCUUGGAGCAGACGUAGUACACAAAUACGUCGGACAAGAACCCAGUGGAAGGAACUUCAACGAACUGAUUCUUGAUCACAACAAAAAACCACACAAUCCCAUGAUAAAUGCUGGUGCCAUUAUAAUUUGUUCUUUGUUGAAGACCAUGUACUGUCCAGAAAUGAGUUCUGCGGAAAUUUUUGAUUUCACCAUGGGAUUUUUUGAGGUCGGCCUACCAGCGAAAUCUGGAGUGAGCGGGGCAAUGUUGGUAGUGGUCCCAAAUAUCAUGGGAAUGUGCCUAUACUCUCCACCUCUAGACGCCCUAGGAAAUAGUUGCCGUGGAGUACAAUUUUGCGAGGAACUAGUCAAGAAAUUCAAUUUCCAUAGAUACGACAAUCUGAGGCAUGCUUCCAAUAAAUCAGACCCUCGGAAACAUAAAUUCGAAACUAAAGGCCUUAACAUAGUCAAUUUGCUUUUCUCGGCUGCGUCAGGAGACUUACAAGGUCUGAGAAGGCACAAACUAUCUGGAAUGGAUAUGACCUUAUCUGACUACGAUGGCCGAACGGCCCUACAUUUAGCCGCUUCUGAAGGACACCUGGAUUGCGUUGAAUUCCUACUCAAAUACUGCCAAGUACCUUAUUCCGUAAAAGACAGGUGGGGCAGGACCCCAGUCGAUGAAGCCUUAUCAUACGGCCACACAGCAAUCAAGGAGAUGAUUCAGCUUUGGCAUGCUGAGGUUGUCAAAAAGGAAACACAGAAAGAAGAAAUGGAAUUUGAUGAUGAUAUCCACGCACCCAAAUUCUCAGAAAGUGACAAGACUCGUUAGAUUUUCAUCGAAUCAUGAGGAACAGUAAUCUCUCAAAGCGAAAAAUAUAGCUCCUUCUCAGGUCCUGGCUUUUAUCAUAGGCUGUUCCUAUAAUGAUAUAAUUAUUUUUAAUCACUCUCUAUUUCAACGGUAUUAAAACUAGAGUUUUCCACAAUUUUUUGUGAUUGGUUCAUGAAGCAAACUUUUAAUGUUUUUCUUAAAGAGUGUUAACGAUGGCGCCUUCUGAAAGCAUAUGCCUCUUAUGCAUCAAUCGCGCAUCACCUGGUCGUGGCUAUUAAAUUAUGUGGCCUGGACUUACAGGGGCAUCGGGACAGGCGUUUCGAAAGUGCACCGACUCAAAUCGACUCUUUCAUGUAUGCGAUUAUUAAUCGAGUUGCUAUCUCAGUAGAGUUAUUAGUUGUCCGAAUGUGUAUACAAUAUUGAUACAAUUUGUUCUUGUUCAAAGCCAAAACCUUGCAUCAACUCCACAUUUUUUUAUCAACUCCAUGAAGAAAUAAGACGAGACAAUGAGUGCGCCAGAGCCCGGAGGAUCCUUAUACAACUCAGUGGAUGGAAAAUCCAAUAUGUUUGCCGUUGACAAUACAUGCAUCCAUUUUUUAUCAAGAGACACUCGUUUGUGUAGGAAGAUGUCAACUCAUCGACUCAUCUAUUUCAACAGAUUUUAUUUGAAGCAGACACACGACAAGAACCGCUUAAACAAUAGCAAAAUAGUAUAUAAAAAUGUUGCGAAUAUUUUCUUAUUGCGAAAAGGGGCCUUAGACGAUGUUUCAGAAAACACCGUGAUUUUGUCGAAAUAUGACAGACGACUAAAAUCGUAUGCAUAAAAAGGCCACACGGUUUUGUUGAAAAAAAUCUUAGAUUCUAGUCAUGCAUCAACAAAGCCAAAAUUCUACGUAACGUGGGUAAUAAAUUUUCCGUUCUUUAAACAUAAGUAAAACCGAUCAUAUUUCCUCUCAGAGCUAAUGGAAAGAAAACUCAUUAGGGUUAUAUUGAGAUAGCUCAUUUCAGAAAAUGCUGUUAAAAUGCUUCAAAAUUUAACGAAUCGAAGUGCGCAUAGGAAGUAUAUUAACUUGAAAAUGAAAAAACGUAUGCGUUUCGGGACGCCCGACAGAAGUGAUAACGUAAACUAAUGUAAGUUGAACUAUUCAAUAUUGGAAUUGUUCAACUUGAGAAAAGCUUAGAUCAUUUCUUAAAUUUUAUGUAUAGUAAUAUGAUGAUGUAAAGAAAGGUUAUUUAUUAAUAAAAUAUGGUUCAUGAACCGAUUAUAACAAGAGAUGAUUUCACCAUUUUCAUCUUGAUUUUUUCUAAUAAAACUUUGAGACAUUUUCCAAUUCUAAGCUAUAAUUGAAAAAAAAACAAUAUGAAACGGUUCGAUAUUUUAUUUCGAGUGUUUUACAAGGACGGUGGUAAUUAUUAAUAAUCAUACACAGGGCUAUUCAAAAUCGAUUCUAUGUAUGAGGCCAACAUUGAUUUAAAAAUACAGGUCCGUAUUCAAAAUUUCAAAGUCGAGGUUUCCCAGAGUCUGACGACACCCUGUGUGAAAAUUAUAUGAUUACAUUUGACGAAUGUCAAAGUGUAAACAGAUUUUCAAUAUAUCUGCAACUAAAGAAGAUAGUAAAAAAAUAGAAUUUCGAAUGAUUCGUUUUUUUUCGUAUAUAAAGUAAAAAGACUAUUAGAGUCGGUCAAGUGGUAUCACUCAAUAGUACCAAUAAUAGACAAAUUUGCCACAACUCUCUACCUCAUACUGUUUUCGAAAUCUCUAUGCAUAGAUUCGAAUUUGACUAAAACAAUAAUAUAAGGUUCAAUUUUUGAGGUUGUGCUAAACUGACUUGAGAGGUGAUAAAUGGUUGUGAUAAAUCAGAUUUUGGAGAUAUCUUCUGGUGUAGCAUCCGGAAAUUGCACUCUUUACUAUAAAGGCGUAUUCAUACUCACUCAUGAACACGCUAUUGUAUAGUGAAAUACGUGUUGCGGGUUUGAAAACUGUUCAGUGAAAUCUCACGAUAAAGUGUUACUUGAAUCCUUAGAAAACAUUCAAAACUGAAAUGACACCUUUCAUAUUGUAUUGUUCAGCAAAAAACUGUUUACAACAAUUUUGAUCUAUGGUCAUAGAUGUCAUAUGACCAUAGAUGGUCAUAUGGUCUAUGUGUUAUAUAUAGGUUCAGUAGUGCUUAUUGAGUUACAAUAGAAUAGGGAAAAUCAUUGAACAGUGCGCAUGCAAAUAUUUCCAGUUGCAUAGUUUAUCGCACAAAUCAUAACACAUAUUGCGAAAAUUAAGAGAAAUCACUGUUCAAGGUUAUUAACCCCAAUUGUAAAAGUUUUAUAUGGGCCAGUUCAGUCCUGCAUUUUUUAUGGAAACAGGCGUAAAGAUGAGGAUACACAGUGCAUUCGAAAACGUUUUCGGUUAUUUUAGUUAUACCCAUAGAAUGGAAAAGCAUAAAUACAAUGGCAUGAAUGUUGUCAUAGCACUGAUAUAUACCACAUUCUUGUCAACAUCUUCAAUUUAGAAAUUUUGAAAGGAUGAACGAUAAAAAUUCUAGAACGAGAUAAAACAAAAAUAUGUUGUAGGAUUGUCAAUUGAAAUGUCAAAUAUUUAACUUGAAUGGAGCAUAGAGAAUAGAGAACUGGGAAUUUACUUUUCUGCUAUAUGUUACUUGAUGCCAUUCCAGCUUCAGAAGUCCAAAUCGAUUUGACUGUGAGAUUGUUUCGUGAGUGUGUUUGGUCAGAAAUGAGUCUGAAUAUUCUCACACUAGUAAUAGUUUGACGAUGUAAUCUAGAACUGAUUGAAUUAUCUCAAAACAGAUAUUAUGUACGUUUUUUGAUGCAAUAUACUUCUACAUGACAAUA